UACGUGUGAAAUCUGUGAAUGAUCACAGAGGUCACAUGGUACAAGGCCUUCUUGAAUAGCUUUGUACCAUGUGACCUCUGGGAUCAUUCACAGAUUUCACACGUAGUAAGCAAUGAUGUCAGAAGUGACAUAUUGCUUACUACUCUGCAUGUGAUUACUGAUUGGCCAAUCAAUGAUCACAUGAUCGGGACCUCGCACAGAGGUCCCGUACGACGAUCGGUGUUCCACGGUGUCUGGAGGACACAGCAGGCACCAGAUCGCGGUGCUGCAUGCUCCCAGGGAGCACGCACAAGCAGGGGGCGGGGAGGCCAUUUAUAAAUGGCCACCCGCCCCUGCACUGCCACCAUCCAGCCAUGUAUAUACAACGGCCGGAUGGGAGGUGGUUAA